GAAUAGUCAAAUGUUGUGCAAUCCAAUGCCUUUUGAGCUGAGCUGAAACAGGGGGAGACCAGAUCUCCUCGGCAUACACCUUUAGGCCUUUCUGCCUUCAGUGAGACUUCGUUUGCAUUUUUACAGGUUCUUCAAAUUAUGAUACCAUGGGGACAAAAAAGGCCAUCUCUACCAUCUUUGACACAUUAUCUAACCUAAGUAUACAUGACCACAAGUUCCAUCCAGGUGGACGAAACUCUCGAGACCCAAGUCCUGUGCCAAAAAAUGCUGCUUCGCUGGAACAAGAAAGAGUCAACAAACAAAAUAAAAACAGGAAGGAGGAGGCAGACCAGCGACAACACUUUGAAAGUGACAUAGCUCCUGAUUGCUGGGUCAGAGAAGGAGAAAGAGAACGAAUUGUCAAAGAAAGGAGGCAAGAAGAUGGCAGGAGCAGAAAUGGUAGGCUGCUGUCAAGCGUGGAGCCCAAGACUGGGCGAGACGUGAAAAAAGGGGGAAAGAGAGGCGAUACAUUUCCAAGAAUGAAAAAUCUAGACACAGGUCCUGAAAGUAAACUGAUGCCCCACGUUGAAAUGGAAGAGGAUAGGAAGCAGGGAGAUCAUCUCCAAAGAGAAGAAAUGGAUACCUGGGAAAAAAAGAGACACAUGUACAGUGAAAAAAAAGAUGGCCAAAGCCCGAGACAAAGACAAGACGAGGCCAGGAUGUACUCACUUCAUAGACUAGAAAGAGAGAUUCAAGCAGAAAGAAAGGAGAGGGCUCAGAGAAAAGAGGGGAGGAAAGAUGCCAGGAAUGAAGGAGACAUUGACGAAAGUGAGCUGAGAAGAAUGAAGGACAGAGAAAGGGAAGAGUUGAUGAAUCAAUUCAGCAGAUAUGAUGGGAUCAACAGGAUCAAAAUGCACAUGAAGAGAGAUAAGGAUGGACAGAGAUAUGGAGACAGGGGUAGAGAAAUCAAAACAGAUAGAUCCAGGAGGAGAGAAGAGGACAAGUGGAUAGGAUAUGACAAGGUUAUCACUAGAGCAGAAAGACACGUGGACAGAGAUGAAAUACUGAGACCUGAAAGAAAAGUCACUGAUGAUAAGAGAGAGGAUGAUCAAUACCGAAACGAAAGAAGAUACAGGGAGACAAAUGAUUGUCAAACAGACAAAAGCAGCAGAUCCAUGAACAGUUCUGCUCAGAGGCUGCCGCCACAAGUCCAAGGCAGCAGAGAACAGGGCAGCAAGGGGGAUAUUGAGAAAUAUAGACAAGACAGAGACGGUCAUAGGAAGAGAGAAAGAAGGAUAAAAAGUACUUUUGAAGGUGAAAGAACAAAAGACAGGCACAGCGAACCAGAAGGAGCAGCUUACAGAAGUCAAAAGCAACAAAAAAGAAGUGAGGAACAAGGAGGAGGUAGAAAAGAAACCACAAGUAGCUUGCCAAUGAAAAAAAGGAUGUGGUUAGAACCACAGGGGGGCAAGAAUAUUGAAGAUGAGAACAGAACGAGUUAUCAAAGGCAGAAAGAGGAGAGGAGAAAAGAGAAGAAUGAGGAGUCACGGGCUGAAAAGGGAAGACCUAAGUGGCGAGGAAAAACAGAACCAGGUGAGACGAACUUGGAGCAAAGCUGUUCUAAAGGAAGGCAUGAAGGGAGAGAAGAGUACAGCGGUGACUCUGAGGGAGCAAGUGUAGAUGAUGAGUUGACUGAAAUCUGGUCAAAAAGAGAAGUAAAGGAACAUCUGCCUCACAGUGGUGGGCGGAUAGAGGAAAGACGACAAGGGGAUGUACAGAGAGAGAUAAUGACAGACAACAAUGGGGGGAGUGACACAGAUGAAGACGGUGGGCGUAAACACUGGGCACAUUCGGGAAAUAAAAGAGUAAGUGACGCCAGUUGGAAGCAAGACAGAAAGCUGUCAGGAGAGAACACAUUUGUGACAUUGUCCAGCGGUGGAGACGACGAAGAAGAACAAGAAGAUUAUCAGGGGGCAAAUGACUGUAAGCAAUUCCGUGAUGCUGAUGUUUCAGAUGAAGAUCCCACACCUGAUAGUUCGAAGAGUUCUGAAGGUGAAGAGAGGGACAAAUUUACAAGGAAUGAGGAAGUGGUUAAUGGUGCACAAGGGAGGCAAAAGAAUCUAAAGUAUGCCUUUUGUGUGACUGAGCAAAGUCCUUCCCAGUCAGAAACCACUGAGCUGUCACUGUCAGAAGAUGACGAAGUUGGAAGAAUAGAAAUAGAAGAACCAAAUUUAGAAAAGCAUACUCAAAGUAGUGAUGAGGCCACACAAGAACCUCAGGAUGAUCAGCAUCUGACCUACAGCAGAAAGGAUAAACAAUCAGUUUCAAGCAACCAGGAUAAAGAAAGUGACUACAAUUUACCAAAAGAGGAAGGACUUUUCUCAGGAGACACAACUGAAGGCGACAUUCGAUGCAAUGCAUCCAAAGAACAUCAAGACCUGGAACUAGGAGAGGAAAUGAGGAGCAAAGAGGAACGUCAACACAUAGGAUUUGGGGGAGUGAAGAGAGACUCAAAGACUGAGAUACUCCUUGAACACUGGAGAGAAAAUAAUAAAGAAGGACUUCAAAGUAAUGCUGAUGUUCGUACCUCGGACAGUUUUGAUCGAAUCCCACACUUCUUGGAUGACAUGAACAUUGAAUCGAUGAGCCAAGAAGAGAUGGAGAAAGUUAGGGCCAGUAUGAGUGGAGCGUGGAGCAUGUCCAAGGUGCCUAAGCGUCAUUCCCAAGCCCCGCACCUGAAAUGGGCCACGAGUGUGGUGCGUGAGAUCCUGGGACACUCAGACGAACAGACGAUAGACAAACCAAACACAGAGCUACAACAAAGUCAAGAGGUCAAACCAGUCGAGUACAAGAAGCAGGAAAUGAUUCCAGGACGGAGCAUAGAUUUGCCCAUUUUUACAGUGACAAAACAUGAUCGGCACUCAGACCCAGAGCUGGAGGAGGAAGACCUGGAGGUGGAGUUUAAAGGGGAGAAGGAAGAACAGACUAUGGAUCAAAAAACUGAACUGUCUGUUCAGGCUCAGUUAGAAAAGGCUGAAAUUAAUGAUUUAAGAAAGACAGACAAAGAAACAAGCAAGGAGAAUGAGGUGGAGGCUUUUUUAACAAUGACCAAUGCACUGUACAAGCCUGGAAGCUGCCCCAAUCUUAACUAUGACUCAGAAUCUGACCUUGUCCCUACGGAGGGUAGAGGUCAGGAGGUGGAAGACGAAAUGAGUGAUGACAGGUGGACCGAAGAGGAUCAUAGUGAAAAGGAGGAAACUGAGGUGGAAGGCAGAAUGGAUAAUAUAGGAGCUGUAAAGAAUGGGGCAACUAUAACAAAGUCUUCCAGUUUUCUGAAUGUGGGUUCUGAAGUUCGGAUACGAAGACGAGGAAUCCGCAUAACCAAUAAGAGAAAAGAUGAAGGAGGUGUUGCAAGGGAUCGCAGAGCCAGAGUGUUUUCUCCAGCAGAUGAUGAUCACAGUAAAAGCUGGGGAGAGUUGAACCUCAGGAAUGCUUUCCACAAAAUGGCAAGAGUCGAGGGAAAUUCAAGUUUUCUCAAUGCAGCACAGCUCUACCAGCAGUACAGCGAGGUGGCACAAAACAUCGAGAUUCUGCGUCAGUUUCACUCCGAUGUCCUGUCAGUGUGUGAAGACCCCAACCAUUCCCCAACGCCCUCGCCUCCUCCUGCCCGCAGACCUCUUCCUCCCCUACCAGCGAUCACGCAGUCAUUCUCCUUGUCUCACACCGGCUCCGUCACUAGUGUCAAAAGCUUGCCUCUUCCAGACCUCCCCAGGACCGAGCGCAGGUCCUCCUCUCCACGUCUGUCCACCUCACUCGCACAGCAUUCCUUACUGUGGCGAGACUUGCCAGAAGUUAGGAACGACCCCGAGCUGGAGAUGCUCACAGAGGAUCAAUGGCGACUACAGGAGGUGAGAUUUGAGGUCGUGACCUCGGAGGCAUCCUAUUGCCGAAGUUUGGACAUAGUCGUGGAUCAUUUUGUCAAGUCCAGACAGCUGGAGACGCUGCUGACCACUCAGGAUAAGAACUGGCUGUUCUCCCGUCUGUACGACGUUCGUGUCAUCAGCCGCAGAUUUUUAUCCAGGUUGGAAGAACGUCUGGAGUCGGACAUCAUGCACUUCACUGUGUGCGACAUCAUUGUUAAGCAAUGUCAGCUCUUCAGGAAAGUUUAUGUGCCCUACCUCACCAACCAGUCGUAUCAGGACGCCACCUACCAAAAACUCAUGAACGGGAAUCCAGGGUUCAAGCGAGUUGUGGAAUUAUUAGAGAAGAGUCCUGUUUGUCAGAGGCUUCCUCUUCGAUCCUUCCUCGUGCUUCCUUUCCAAAGAAUCACCAGAUUGAGGCUGCUGGUCCAGAAUAUUGUGAAAAGAACAACUCCUGGUACGGUGGAGGCAACAAAUGCUAUCAAAGCUUUAAAACUUCUAGACAAGAUAAUUCAAGAGAGUAACGACAGCAUCUCCCAGAUGAAAAACAUAGAGUCUUUGGUCACUCUCAAUUCUAAGGUGGACUUUGAGUGCAGAACUCUUCCCCUCGUCAGUCAGUCUCGGAGGUUGGUGCGUGAAGGUUCAGUCAUUCAGCUGAUGGAUUUGCCCCAGAAAGAAACCGAGAGAAAUAUUUACUUGCACCUCUUCAAUGACUACUUGCUAAUCUCUGUACAAAAAGAAGGGGGGAAAUUCACGGUAAUCGACCACUGUCCUGUGAAAGAGCUGCGUGCAGAGAACUUUCGUGUUAAAAUUCUCUCCCUACAGAGGAACGUCUUCCGGUUGCACUGGACGAAUGAGCCCCUGCUGCUAAGGACCGAAUCACAGAGUGAUAAGCUACGCUGGAUUUCAGCCAUCUCCAGGCCCCAUUCUGAACUCGACUUUUCUGCUGCAGAAGAUUUAGCACAGAUGCAGUGUGUCCGGGCUUAUGUGGCCCAGCAGCCAGAUGAGUUGUCUUUAGAAAAAGCUGAUGUUAUUGUGGUGCACCAGGACACCAGCGACAAUUGGGUAGAGGGAACCAAACUGUCAGACUUAAAUCAGGGAUGGGUGCCCAAGUCCCAUUUGGAGGUCAUCAUCAACCCCAAAGCCAGAAAACAAAACCUGUCGGAUGCCUACAAACUGACGACGGUUACAGCUGAAGUCUGAAGACUACAGGAGUAAACAGAGGGAUGUCAUGAAUGUGUCACUCCAUAAUUUAUCUCCUGUGUGCUUCUGGCUGCUGCACACUGAACAGUGGAUAUAUUAAUGCUAUGUAAAUAAAGUGUGCACAUGUCCAGCAACUACAACUACAAACUUUGUACAAAUUACAAAGAUGUAGAAUUAGGCCUUGUUGGUUUCACUCUGUGGAACGUUAUAUUCAUGCAGGACAAUGCAUAGGUUGGUAUGAGAGACAUUCUCAGUAAUUCCUCACACUGUUUAAUGCAAGACAUUUUCUGUACAUCAGUGCUUUCAAAGUGCAUUGAAACAUUUGUUUAAAAAAAAUCUAAGGGAGUUUUUUCUACUUGCAAUACUAUUUUUGAAAAAACCUUUUCGUGUGUGCAGAAUGACUUGAAUCUAAAGACUUUGAUGCCAAAAUGUUUGAGAAAAUUGCUUGUUGGAGCCCUGCAUGCAUAACGGGUAACAGGUAUAUGCAUUGUCUAAAAGACAAUUUACUGAUGUACAGAGCUUUGUGUAAGAAAACAUUUAAAAAAAUUCACGUUGAUGGAGAAAAAAAAACAUUGUUUGGUUUAUGUACAUGUAUUCAUAUUAAAGAUGCUUUAUGUUCAUGAUUUAUGUUCAGGAAUAAACUACACAGUUUUAAAAAACA